CUGGUCCAUGGUUGAUGGCAUGGUCAACCGUGACUGGAACACACGCGCUGCCAUGGAGAUUAACUCCGUCCGACGAGGUGGUGGCGCCGGCGGAGGGUUUGAGGAUGCACCUCGGAAGAUGGUGUCGUCGCCGAUGAUAGUCCACCAGUUUGUUAGUGGGGGCAGCUUCGAAUCUCCACGUGGACGUCAUGUGGCCACCUCAGCGCCAGUGAAUGUGCCAGACUGGUCAAAGAUCUACCGAGUUGACUCUGCGGAGUCGCUGCAUGACUCGGAUGAUAUAAUCGAUGAUCAUGACUCGGACAUGGUCCCACCCCACGAGUAUCUGGCACGAGCAUACACGCAAAGUCGUAACUCAGCUGCAAACUCGGUUUUUGUGGGUGCGGGACGAACCUUGAAAGGACGAGACCUAAGCCGAGUUCGAGAUGCCGUUUGGAGCCAAACUGGAUUUAAUGGUUAGGCUAAAAGAAUCAAAUGUUGAUCAAUAUAGUGCGUUGAUCAUGUUCUUUCGAUUCUUAAGUCAAGUUAGAUGUCCAAGUUAGUCGAGAUCCAACUUUAUUAGUAUAUGUACGUAAUAUGAUUGAUUUUUCUUGGGCAAUGACUCGGGUCAUGUUGAACUCAAACUCAAUGAGUCAACUCAGUAACGAUCGAGCCCAAGCACGGAUCCCACUUGGAAACUCUACCAAUU